GGAAAGAGCAGGUGGGAAGGAUAAGAGCAACAUGAAUGUCAAACCACCAGUAUGGGGAGAAGGAUUUAAGGCAAAAAGUGGACAACCAUGGUCCAACACUGGAAUUAAAAACACUGCAGAUAACAAAGGCAAACAGCCUUGGUACACUCCUGCAGGGGUAAGGGUGACUGAAAUCAACCCCUCAGGUAUCAAGCGGGUAGGGCCACAACUUUCUCAAGAGGAAUAUCAAGACAGGAGUAGGAGGGGACUCUGUUUCAAGUGCGGGGAAAAGUGGAGUAAGGAACACACCUGCAAACUGAAAAAUUACAAACUGAUAUUAGUAGAAGAUUCUGAUGAAGAGGUGGAGUCAGAAUCAACUGAACCUGAACUAGCUGAGGAAGAGGAGAUCAAUAUGGAGUCAAAAACCAUGCAGCUCUCUGUGAUGAGCAGGGAAGGGAUACCUUCCAUGAAAGCUUUUAAGGUGAGAGGCAGUCUGAAAUGGAGCCAAGGGGAAUUUUCAGUAGAAGCAUUGAUUGAUAGCGGGGCCACUCACAACUUCAUAUCUCAAGAACUGGUGGAAAA